AUGAACAAACAUCAUGACAAAAAGGAAGAUGACCCCUGGGAGGCUGCGUCUAACAAUGAAGCAAUGGCAACCAUCCUUUUACAGAAUUUGCUAAUACAAGUGGCAUGGACAGCUGGGACCGGGUUACACAGGAGAAGAAUCUUCCUCUUAAUACACAACCUGAAAAGAAUCAGAAAGCUGCUGCAGGGCAAAUAUCAUGGUAAUCCCAUGCAUAUAGCAGUAAUCAUCUCAAACUGUUUGAGAGAAGAAAGAAGAAUAUUGGCUGCAGCUAGCAUGCCUGUACAGGGACCUCUGGAAAAGUCUCUGCAGAGCUCCAUAGUUUCAGAGCGGCAGCGAAAUGUAGAACACAAGGUGUCAGCCAUCAAGAACAGUGCUCAGAUGACUGACCAAGAUGUCAAAUACUUGGAAGACUUGCAAGAGGAAUUUGACUUCAGGUACAAAACAAUACAAAGUUUAGAGCAGAGCGACAAAAACAGCGCCCUCAUUAAACAGGAAAUGUUGGCGUUGCAGGCAAUGCUCAAUACUUUAGACUACAAGAGAAAGGAAGUACUCAGUAAAAUAGGGCGUGUGAUUCAUGAAAUCGAUAUUCUCAUGAGCAAUAUGCUGACUGAAGAGCUGCUAGACUGGAAGAGACGACAGCAGAUUGCCUGUAUUGGCGGUCCUCUCCACGGUGGGCUUGAUCAGCUCCAGAACUGUUUUACACUGUUGGCAGAGAGUCUCUUUCAAGUUAGAAGGCAACUAGAAAAACUGGAUGAACUGUUGACCCGACUGACUUAUGAUGGUGACCCUAUCCCGGUGCAAAGGCCUCAGCUGCUGGAAAAAGUCAACUUUCUGCUUUACAAUCUUUUCCGAAAUUCAUUUGUGGUUGAAAGGCAGCCCUGCAUGCCCACACAUCCCCAGAGGCCAAUGGUUCUUAAAACGUUAAUACAGUUCACUGUUAAAUUAAGGUUGCUAAUUAAAUUGUCAGAGCUGAAUUACCAGAUCAGAGUGAAAGCAACUAUUGACAAGAAUGUUUCAACUGUAAGUAAUCGUAGAUUCGUUCUGUGUGGAACGCAUGUGAAGGCAAUGAACAUGGAUGAAUCUGCAAAUGGAAGCCUGUCAGUAGAAUUUCGACAUUUGCAACCCAAGGAAAUGAAAUCAAGUGCUGGAAGCAAAGGAAAUGAGGGCCCUCACAUGGUGACCGAGGAACUGCACUCUAUCAGCUUUGAAACACAGGUCUGCCUGUAUGGACUGACUAUCAAUUUGGAAACCAGCUCUUUGCCUGUGGUGAUGAUCUCCAAUGUCAGCCAACUACCCAACGCGUGGGCUUCUAUUAUUUGGUACAAUCUAUCAACCAAUGAUCCUCAGAAUUUGUCUUUCUUCAACAAUCCCCCUGCUGCCACUUUAAGUCAGCUCUUAGAAGUACUGAGCUGGCAAUUUUCAUCGUAUGUUGGACGUGGACUCAAUUCUGAGCAGCUCAGCAUGCUGGCAGAGAAACUUACGGGACAACAGGUCAGUUACAGUGAUUAUCAGCUAUCCUGGGCAAAGUUCUGCAAGGAACAUUUGCCUGGAAAGUCUUUUACCUUUUGGGUUUGGCUUGAAGCAAUCCUGGACUUAAUUAAGAAACACAUUCUUCCUCUUUGGAUUGAUGGGUAUGUGAUGGGAUUUGUAAGCAAAGAGAAGGAACGAAUUUUGCUCAAAGACAAGACACCAGGAACAUUUUUAUUAAGGUUUAGUGAAAGCAAUCUGGGUGGAAUUACCUUCACUUGGGUGGAUCAGUUAGAAAAUGGAGACGUAACAUUUCAUUCAGUGGAACCCUAUAACAAAGGUCGCUUAUCUGCACUCCCUUUUGCUGACAUACUGCGCGACUACAAAGUUAUUAUGGCAGAUAAUGUUCCUGAAAACCCUCUGAAGUAUCUGUAUCCAGACAUUCCCAAAGAUAAGGCCUUUGGCAGACACUACAGCUGUCAGCCAAACGAAGUCUCAAAGCCCUCAGAUGGAGGAGGCAAAGGUUAUGUUCCUUCCGUAUUUAUCCCAGUUUCCAAAAUCUUAAAUGAUUCUACAGAUCCACAUUCUCCAUCAGAUCUUCUUCCAAUGUCUCCAAGCGUUUAUGCUGUGCUGAGAGAACACCUGAGUCCCACGGUGAUCGAAACUGCCCUGAGUUCUCCUUACUCAACUGACUGAAGUUCACAUACUGGACAAGUUUGUAAUCGUGUGCACACUGGAUGGGUCAAAGAUGCAGUGAAUGGGUUUUUUCAUCAUCUUUGUAAAUCAGCAUUUCCUGUAAACCAUUCUGAUGUUAUCCUUGGGUCUCUUCCUGUUAUCAGUACUAUGUAGAGCAGGAAUCUUCUCCCUAGGGAUUGCAAAUAGCCUCCUGCAUGUCAAAAUCACUGUCCUCACUGAUAAAAGGCUUGGAGGUUAUUUGACUUCAGAGGGUCCAGCAGAAAUAAAUUUUACUUGCAGAAUUAUCAUCCAUAGAAUUGCUGUAAUACAAAAGUAUAAGUAAAUGCUUUGAUUCUGAGAAUAGCAUAUAAAGAUAACUAAAGAUAUUUUGAUUUUUGGGAAAUUAGGAUUUAUGUUUAAAAGUUUCUGUUUAAUCACCAUCUUGUAUGUGAUUGGUCUAGCUUAUCUUUUAAAGUGAAGAUCUGUUUUAAAGUGAAGAUCCGUCUGUUCAAAUGCACCAUAGGUGUCCAGAGUUUGCUUGUUUUCCAAAGACUAACUACCUUCAGCAUAGAUCUUUAUCUGCCACCACAGCAAAAGUUAUGGAAGGCAGGCAGGCAAGCCUGGGAAGAGAAGGGAGUUCCAGAAAGGAAACAGACAUAAAACUUGUGUCAAGAAGCUUGUCUGCAUUUUGCCACUGGAAGAGACGGCAAGUAAAACUUACCCCUCUCAAAAAUAGUUGCAGAAGUAAAUCCAUUUGUGCAUGGAGUACUCAGAUACAACAGCAAGUACUAGCAGAAAAUCUAAAAAGAAAAAAUCCUGAUCUGACUGAGCUUGGAUACUAUCUGGUAAACGCAGAAUGGAAAGCUGUUUUAAAAACAGUUGCUGAAGAGCUGGGUCAUUUGUGCUACAUGACAGGAUAUUAUAUGCCUCUCAGAGACUCAUUUACUAGCAGAAUGAAUACUUUUCCUGUAAGUGGUAAAUAGCCUUCUUAACUUUUCUUCUUUCUUUCUUUCAGGCACUGUUUACUGUUGGGUUUGGGUUGUUUGGUUUUGUUGGCUUUUUGUCCUCCAACAUUAUCCCUAAAAACUCUGUUAAUAGUAUAACAAAGUAUGUUAAUAGUAUAACAAACAGGCAGUUCCAAGGCUACUGCAUUUCAUGUAUGCAGACUCUUUGAAAAUUUAAUUCUUGUCUGCAGAAUAUUUGGUUACAGUAUGCAAAGUUCUUAAAAUAAACAUUUGGCUAUUUGUACCUCAUGCUCUUCUUGAGUCAGUACAAAUUAGACAUCUGGGAUGAAAACAUAACCUGCCCAAAUCACCAAGACCUGAAUUUUACUUUCAUUUCUCCCUUCUUACUUACUCUCACAUGUUAGUUGAAAGCAAAUGAAUGGAAAGAGAGUAAUGAGAUACUUCUGUGAUACCUGGAAGUAGAUUUUAAAUGACUGAACAUGUCUCUGUUUACUAAUCUGAGUGAUUCAAAGCAAGCUGCGGAUCAUAAUUUUCUGUCAGAAAGCAUCAUAUAUAAACAGUUUUCCAGAGGAACAAAAGCAAUGCUGUAUAUAGUUUGGUAACAUCUGUAAUUUAUAUGAUCAGUAUAAAUAAAAUUGGAUUUUGUCUUAAAGCUGAAUACCUGAACUU